AUGGAGUCUACUCUUGCUGCUCAUAAUCGGUCUUCACCAACUCCUGCAACUCCUCCCCAGAGGAUUGUUAUUUAUGAGGUUGCUACCUCGACUGUUCCUAUUACUUCCAUGCCUGCUGGAUUCCCUUGGGAAAUGUCGUCCAACUUUAUGCUUGAAGGAUAUGUGCCCACUUUUGUUUCUCUACUGGAAUCUAGGUUGAUCAUGACAUUGCCACCUCUAGAUUGCCAGAAAGCCUUCGACAGUAUUAAGGAGUACCUGUCUGAGCCUCCGAUUUUGUCUCCACCUGUGGAAGGGAGACCAUUGAUCAUGUAUCUGACUGUUCUUGAAGAUUCAAUGGGUUGUGUCCUUGGUCAGCAAGAUGAAUCAGGGAAGAAAGAAUAUGCUAUUUACUACCUAAGUAAGAAGUUCACUGAUUGUGAGUCUCGAUACUCAAUGCUUGAGAAAACAUGUUGUGCUUUGGCUUGGGCUGCUAAGCGCUUACGCCAGUAUAUGAUAAAUCAUACGACUUGGUUGAUAUCCAGAAUGGAUCCAAUCAAGUACAUAUUUGAGAAGCCUGCUUUAACUAGGAGGAUUGCCCGUUGGCAAAUGUUGUUGUCUGAGUAUGAUAUUGAUUAUCGAGCUCAAAAAGCUAUCAAAGGUAGUAUCUUGGCUGACCACCUGGCACAUCAGCCAAUCGAGGAUUAUCAGUCAAUUCAGUAUGACUUCCCAGAUGAGGAGAUUCUGUAUUUGAAGAUGAAAGAUUGCGAUGAGCCUACACUCAAUGAAGGGCCAGAGCCUGGUUCCCGAUGGAGUAUGGUGUUUGAUGGCGCUGUAAAUCAGUAUGGAAAUGGUAUUGGGGCAGUGAUUAUUACUCCUCAGGGCACACAUAUUCCUUUUACAGCAAGGCUAACUUUCAAAUGCACGAAUAAUAUGGCUGAGUAUGAGGCCUGCAUUAUGGGAUUGGAGGAAUGCAUUGAUCUCAGGAUCAAGCAUCUUGAUGUUUAUGGUGAUUCGGCCCUUGUUGUUAAUCAGAUUAAGGGUGAAUGGGAAACGAAUCAGCCUGGCCUCAUUCCAUAUAGGGAUUAUGCGAGGAGGAUUUCAACGUUCUUUACUAAGGUUGACUUCCAUCAUAUUCCUCGAGAUGAGAAUCGGAUGACAGAUGCUCUUGCUACGCUAGCCUCGAUGAUUGUGGUUAAAUAUUGGAAUGAAGUUCCCAAUAUCACUGUGAUGCGCUUGGAUAGACCAGCUCAUGUGUUUGCGGUUGAAGAAGUAAAAGAUGACAAGCCUUGGUAUUAUGAUAUCAAGUGUUUCCUUCAGAGCCAGAUUUAUCCGCCCGGGGCAUCUGUGAAAGAUAAGAAGACUUUGAGGAGAUUGUCUGGCAGUUUCUACCUCAAUGGUGAUGUGUUAUACAUGAGGAAUUUUGACAUGGUUCUGCUCAGAUGCGUGGAUAGACACGAAGUGACCCGUAGUAGUCGUGUUUUCGGUCCGGUCUUUCCAAAAGAGAUAGAGGACGCUGCAGCCAUUAAAAGGGUGGAGAUGCCAGUGGUGAAUCCAGUUAGUGCUCCAGUAUGUGAGUCCGGUGAAUCCAGCAUACUGAAGACUAAUGAUGAUGAUGAGGUAUUGUGUUUGAUAAAGAGAAGUGAAUUUAAUGUGGUGGAGCAGCUGCUCCAAACCCCAUCAAAAAUCUCUGUGUUAUCCUUAUUGAUGAAUUUUGAAGCACAUAGGGAGGCAUUGCUGAAAGUGCUUGAAUAA